UAUCUGACUCUUCUUUAUGUUAUACAGCUGCAUUAACAGGCUUUUUCAAGACAACCUAAAAUUUGACUACAAACUUUUAAAUCUAGUUUAUUAGUAUAAUGCAUUGAAAGGAAUUCUGUAAAACGUUCAAACCAUUCACUUUGUGGGUGUUUAUGAUUCAUUGGAGUGAAAUUGUGCUAUCAAGAAGAAGAAAAGGAACAUAUAUUAUGCGCAGUUUGAUGCAUUAACUCAAAAUAUAACCCUAAAACUGAAAGUGUCAUGCCUUUUAAAAAGUUAUCCAUGCAAAUAAUCGUUUCUAGCUAAAGGCUCCAGAUUUAUAAAUGUAUCGGUAAAGUAGUCUGCAUAUAAAAGUAUUAUAAAAUAAUUGUGAGACUUUAAACCAGCCACAAAAGGCUCAAUAAAAGUAUAUUUUGCAUGCAAUCCUGCACGUUAUCAACAGAUCGACCUGUCUCCACUCUUCACUAUAAGGGUUACAGUCGAAUGGAAUUUGACACGUGGUUGCUCAGAGAGAGAGAGAGAGAGAGAGAGAGAUUAGGCUCCAUCUCAGAUCAUCAUCUUAAACAUGGAGGUGUUUUCAGAUCAAGACGUCCAGAAGUACCGAGAGGAUGGGUAUCUGGUGCUGGAGGGGUUUCUGUCCCCAGAGGAAUGUGACUCUCUACGGGUACGCAUGAGUGAGAUUAUCGAGUGCAUGGACGUACCUGCACACUGCAGGACGCAGUUUUCUACUGACCAUGAUGAUCAGCUCAAAUCACAGGGAAAUGCAGACUACUUCAUCACAAGCGGAGACCAGGUUCGAUUUUUCUUUGAGAAGGGAGUGUUUGAUGAGAGAGGAGAGUUCAUUGUACCUAGAGAACGUUCCCUGAACAAAAUCGGACACGCUCUACAUGCUUAUGAGCCGCUGUUUAAGACCGUCACACACUCACCAAAAGUUCAAAACCUGGGUAGGAAACUCGGCCUGAUAAAUCCAGUGAUCCUGCAGAGCAUGUAUAUCUUUAAGCAACCAAGAAUUGGGGGAGAAGUGACACCUCAUCAGGAUGCCACUUUCCUGUACACUGAGCCUCUGGGCAGAGUGAUGGGCGUCUGGAUCGCUCUGGAAGAUGCUACCCUGGAGAACGGCUGUUUAUGGUUCAUACCAGGAUCACAUAACAAUGGAAUCACCAGACGAAUGGUUCGGACACCUAAAGGCACGUUUCCUCUGACUGAUUUCAUUGGACGAGAGCAGAAUUACGACGACAAACUGUUCGUUCCAGCUCCGAUUAAAAAGGGUGGAGCAGUUCUUAUUCACGGGGAAGUGGUCCACCGUAGUGCUGAAAACACAUCUGAUGCUUCACGCCACGUUUACACCUUUCACGUGAUGGAGUCACAAAACACCGUUUGGAGCCCUGAGAACUGGCUACAACCAACAGAAGAGCUGCCCUUCCCUUCCCUCUAUAUGUAAGCAUCAACAGAUCGCAUUUCAACGUGCCUGACAACACGAGUUACCAAUAACACUUUCAGAAGGACAGUGAAAGUUAAAUGUAUGGACACUGAAAAGCCUUUUUCAAAGCCUGGACAACAAUCAAGGUUUAAGUAUACAAUUUUGUAAUUGGACCAAAUAGUUUUUCUUUCUUAACAUAAAAUGUGAAUUGUUUUUGAAUAGCUCUAUUUUACAUACAGAAUUAAUAAAGGCUCGUUUCUGUCACCUGAAGACUCAGAUUAGAUUUUCUCCCAUUUCCCAAUGCGCUCUUAAAUCCUCGUGGUGGCGUACUCGCCUCAAUCCGGGUGGUGGAGGACGAAUCUCAGAUGCCUCCACGUCUGAGACCAUCAAUCCGUGCAUUUUAUCACGUAGUGCGUAUGGAGGCUUCAUGCUAUUCUCCGCGGUAUCCAUGCACAUCUCACCACACGCCCCACCGAGAGCGAGAACCACAUUAUAGCGACCACGAGGAGGUUACCCCAUGUGAUUCUACCCUCCCUAGCAACCGGGCCAAUUUGGUUGUUUAGGAGACCUGGCUGGAGUCACUCAGCACACCCUGGAUUCAAACUUGUGACUCCGGCGGUGAUAGUCGGCGUCAAUUCUCGCUGCGCUAGUUAGAGUUAAAUAAUGAAUAAACAGUUUGUUUUUACAGUUGCAGUUAGUAGAAAUACAGUUUAUUUAAUUUAACUCAUUGUUUAGCAUUCUUUGUGUACCCAGUGUGAUUCAUACAAUAUAGAAAAGGUAGAGCUUGUUUGAUAAAGAAAAAAUGGACCGUUAUUCAAACCACAGUUCAUACAUAAACCAAUCAGUGACAGCUAAAUCUGAAAAAUAAUAUUUACAGCAAUUCUUCAAAAAUGUUCCUUCCAGCAAAUGAGUUAAAACAACCUUCAAAGUUAUCAAAACAUAUUCAACAUAGAAAAAGUCAAACAAUUGCAAUAAAAAGAAAUGAUUUUUUUAAUACAUGCAAUAGAUAUCCGUCCUUUGUUUUGUUUUUUUACAGUAUUGUAACAAGGUGUAUGCUGGGAUAUUUUGUUGUAAAGAUCACAGUUGUGACCGAUUAUCAACUGGUGUGUUGAUGCAAAUUAAAGCAGUUAUUUAUAGUUUUAUCUGUAAUUAUGUCAAUGAAAUUUUCAUUUACAAAAACGACAACAACAAUCAUAUUCUGACGUCUAAAUAUGGACCACAAAGGAACAUGCAUUACAAUAAACAAGUCAAAACCUAAAACAAUUACAUUAAAACAAUUACAAUCAAGUGUCAUGCAAAUGUCUGUAGAAUCACAAUAGAAAUGUAAAAGCUGUAACAAGGCCUCAGUCAAAUAUCAUAAAUAAAUUAGUUUAAACACAUCAUUGUUUGAACUCAAGCAAUUUUAGCAGUGUAAAAGCAGAAAAAAAUGUGUUUUUGUUUUGUUUUUUUGCUUAAUUGCAUACAUGCUGCUUUUACAGGAUCGAGUGACAUGUACAUUAAUAUCUACUGCCCCUGUGUUCUUGAGGAGCUCCUACACAGACCCAUAUAGACAAGCUGAUAGCAUUCACUUCUGAAUUCGAAAUACUUUUUAAGGCAAAAAGCUAUGCUACCUGUCCUUUGUAUUGUAUGGAAGCCAUGAACUACAUUGGGGGGGAAAUUUCACUCUGUGAAUAUUUUUUUUUUUUUUAGGUGUCCUAGGGGCCUUCCUGAGCCAAUUACCUUUUUUC